AUGGCAGAUAACGCACUUUUUGAUGUCUUCGAUCAAGAAGAGCCCAGUGCUAUUGUUGAACUACCCGAGACUGCUACAAUUAUUCAGCAAACAACGACUAUCACUACUACUACUACUACCACCACUCAGAUGAAAACAACUAGUAAUGGUGAUGCAUCUUCGACAGACAAACGUGUGCUGGAAGAUCAAGAUGAUGAUGACGAUAAUCUUCAAUCGAAUUCACAUUCAAAACGAUCUCGAACUGAAUUAGUCGCUGAAACCGGAAGUUUCUUCAACAACGUCACAAAAAUGAAAAUGCAUACAGUUGAGACAAUUGGAUCAUGUUUACAUGAGGUUGUUCUUCCACCGAAUUUCGAUUAUAUUCCUUUAAAACCAGCUGUCGGUCCUCCAGCUAAAGAGUACAAAUUCACUCUCGAUCCAUUUCAACGCGAAGCUAUUUCUUGCCUACAAAACAAUCAAUCCGUACUUGUUUCUGCUCAUACAUCAGCUGGCAAAACCGUUGUUGCCGAGUAUGCUAUUGCAAUGGCAUUGCGGGAUAAACAACGUGUUAUCUACACAACACCUAUUAAAGCGUUGAGUAACCAGAAAUAUCGUGAAUUACACGAAGAGUUUAAAGAUGUCGGUCUAAUGACCGGUGAUGUAACCAUUAAUCCAUCUGCAUCAUGUCUUAUUAUGACAACAGAGAUUCUUCGAUCUAUGCUUUAUCGAGGUUCGGAGAUUACUCGUGAAGUGGCUUGGGUUAUUUUCGAUGAAAUUCACUAUCUUCGUGACAAAGAACGUGGUGUUAUUUGGGAAGAAACUAUUAUUCUCCUACCGGAUAACGUUCAUUAUGUGUUCCUAUCGGCUACAAUUCCAAAUGCGAAACAAUUCGCAGAAUGGAUUUCUUUUCUUCAUAAUCAACCUUGCCAUGUUGUCUAUACUGAAAUGCGUCCGGUUCCUUUACAUCAUUAUAUCUAUCCAGCUGGUGCCGAUGGUCUUCAUUUAGUUGUUGAUGAAACAGGAAAGUUUCGAGAAGAUAAUUUUAGUGCCGCAAUGGCCACGUUACGUGACGUGGGUGAUGCAGCUAAAGGUGAUAAACGUGGCCGACGAGGUGGUUUUAAAGCCGAAACCAAUGUUUUUAAAAUUGUGAAAAUGAUCAUGGAACGAAACUUAGCUCCAGUGAUUGUUUUUAGUUUUAGUAAAAAAGAUUGCGAGUCCUAUGCUUGUGCCAUUUCUAAACUUGAUUUUAACUCUGACGAAGAAAAACGACUUGUUGAAGAAGUCUUUACGAACGCCAUUGAUCUGCUUUCUGAAGAAGAUAAAAAAUUACCACAAAUUAACACGGUUCUACCAUUGUUGAAAAAAGGCGUCGGUAUUCAUCAUUCCGGUUUAUUACCUAUCAUCAAAGAAACGAUUGAAAUCCUUUUCGGCGAAGGCUUGAUAAAGACUUUGUUUGCCACGGAGACAUUCAGUAUGGGUUUGAAUAUGCCUGCUCGAACAGUUUUGUUCACAGCAGCGAGGAAAUUCGAUGGCAAAGAAUUACGAUGGAUCACUUCGGGUGAGUACAUUCAAAUGAGCGGUCGUGCCGGCCGUCGUGGAAAAGAUGAUCGUGGAAUUGUUGUCUUGAUCAUCGACGAGCGAAUGAGUCCGACAACAGCAAAAGAAGUUGUGAAAGGAAAAGCUGAUCCAUUGAAUAGUUCGUUUAAAUUGACAUACAAUAUGGUGCUAAACUUACUGCGAGUUGAAGGUAUUAAUCCGGAAUUUAUGCUCGAAAGAUCAUUCUACCAAUUUCAACACUUUUCAACCAUACCUGCACUUCAAGAGAAAUUGAAGAAGUGUGAAGAACAAUAUGAAUCACUUAAAAUCGAAAAUGAAGAAGAAGUGGCAAGAUACUAUAAACUAAAGAAAAAACUCGAAUCAAUUCAAGACCAAAUGUCAUUGAUGACUAAUGAACCCAAAUAUCUUCUGCCAUUUCUUCAACCUGGUCGACUUGUUACCGUUAAACAUGGUGACACAAAUUUCGAUUGGUGCGCUGUACUGAACUUUCAUAAGAAAGCAGGCGAAAAGCCUACAUAUACCAUCGAUGUUCUCGCACAUUUAACACCAGAGAGUGCUGCACAGAAAUCAACAAAUGAUUUACAACCAUGUCCUUUGUCAGAGAAGGGCGAAAUGAAAGCAAUACCCAUUCAACAUACAUUAAUACGUGAUGUCAGCGCAAUACGUGUUUAUUUACCAGAUGAUUUACGAACAAAAGAAGCUCGUCAAAGUGUGUUAAAAUCUGUUCAAGAAAUCAAGCGACGUCAUCCGCUCGGAUUACCAUUGCUCGAUCCAAUUAAAGAUAUGGAUAUAAAAUCAACAGAAAUGUUAUCAUGUAUAAAACAACAUUCGACUAUUCAAACACGUAUCAAUGAACAUCCACUGAGUAAAGAUAAUCAAUUGAAGCAGCUCUAUGAACUCUAUGAACAUAAAGCAAAUCUCGAGCGACAAGUUAUCGAAGCAAAGAAUGAUUUGAAGAAAGCUCAAUCGUUACUACAAAUAGGUGAUUUGAAGAAGUACAAACGUGUUCUACGUCGAUUAGGUUAUUGCAAUUCGGCUGAUGUGAUCGAUUUGAAAGGUCGAGUUGCAUGUGAAAUUGAUACAGGUGACGAACUCGUGACAACUGAACUUCUCUUCAACGGAGUUUUCAAUGAUUUAACUGUUAGUCAAGCUUGUGCUUUGCUUAGUUGUUUUGUCUUUCAAGAAAAAGCUAAUGAAAUGCCUAAAUUACCACAAGAACUAUCGGGACCAUUGAGACUCAUGCAGGAAACAGCUCGUCGAGUGGCUCGAGUGUCAAUUGAAAGUAAGAUCGAAAUGGACGAAGAACGCUAUGUGGAUGCAUUCAAACCCUACAUGAUGGAUGUUAUCAAAGCGUGGGUUGAUGGGCAAAGCUUUGCUAGCAUAUGUAAAAUGACAUCAAUUUAUGAAGGUUCGAUUGUGCGUUGUGUGAGACGACUUGAAGAGUUACUUCGACAAAUGUGUUCUGCUGCUAAAGCAAUUGGUAAUACUGAACUCGAGGCAAAAUUUGCUGAAGGUACGGAAAAGAUUAAACGGGAUAUUAUCUUUGCCGCUUCGUUAUAUCUCUAA